UGCAAUGACUACUGCCACCCUGGCAAUCAGAAGAAAAGGAAGGAAGAGCGGAAAUUUUGCUGCUAUGAUUGUGUCCCAUGCCCAGAAGGGAAGAUUUCAAACCAGAGUGAUAUGGAUGACUGUUUCAUGUGCCCAGAAGAUCAGUAUCCAAACAAGAACAAAAACGGAUGCGUUGCCAAAACUCUGAACUUUCUUUCCUUUGAAGAACCAUUAGGGAUCAGCUUAGCCUCAAUUGCUGUUUCUUUUUCUCUAGUCACAACUUUUGUGCUAGCAAUAUUCAUUAAGCAUAGAAACACCCCCAUUGUCAAAGCAAACAACCGGGACCUCACAUACACUCUCCUUGUCUCCCUCCUACUCUGCUUUCUCUCUUCUUUCCUGUUCUUUGGCCAACCUGGCAAAGUGACUUGCCUGCUCCGACAACCAACUUUUGGCAUCAUCUUCUCAGUGGCCAUUUCUUGUGUGUUGGCCAAAACCAACACUGUGGUUGUAGCUUUCAUGGCCACCGAACCAGGGUCCAGUAUGAAGAAGUGGGUAGGGAAAAGACUGUCUCAUUCCAUUGUCCUUUUCUGUUGGGUUAUCCAAGCAUGUAUUUGUAUUGUGUGGUUAGCAACCUCUCCCUCAUUCCCUGAUUUAGACAUGCACUCAGUAACUGGAAAAAUCAUUGUGCAAUGUAAUGAGGGGUCCAUUGCUAUGUUUUAUUGUGUCCUGGGCUACAUGGGUCUCCUGGCCUUUACCAGCUUCAUUGUGGCAUUUAUAGCCCGCAGGCUACCUGACAGCUUCAAUGAAGCCAAGUUUAUUACUUUCAGUAUGUUGCUAUUUUGCAGUGUUUGGUUGUCCUUUAUCCCAACUUUUCUGAGCACAAAAGGGAAAUACAUGGUGGCUGUGGAGAUCUUCUCCAUCUUGGUCUCCAGUGCUGGGUUAUUGGGCUGCAUCUUUGCCCCUAAAUGCUAUAUCAUUGUUCUGAAGCCUGAACUGAACAGCAAAGAACAACUAAGGAGAAGAAAGAAUUAA